UAAGGAACUCCUGUGCUGACAACAGAUUGAUAAGGGGAAUGCUGAUGUUAAUUAAUUAAAAACCCAUUGAAUUAAAAUGUUAGUAACUCCCUUAUUUCCAUCAUGUCCCCAUCUCCUUUCUCCAAAUGUGUACAUAGACAUACAGGGAAAGAAUCUUAAGAAGCAGCCAGGGUAGCUCAGUUAGGAGGAAAAAUGAGAGAAGUGUCUGAUUCUGUCUUCAUGCAGAUUUUAUGCAGCAUGUUCAAUCAUCUAAAAAAAUGGAUGCAUCAGACCUUUCUGCUUUUUCCUGCCCAGAUAUAGUAUUGCCUUGUCAAAUGCAACUAACAUGGAGUAGGUAGAUUGCUGUUCUUGUUUAACACCAUAUGUGAAACUGCAUGCUAAUGAUUUCAGCUGCUUUUUUGAAGUGCGAUGUUUCAAAAUGUUACAGAAGCAAAAAAGUUUAUUGGUAAAUCCCUUCAGCCAGCACGACCUGUGCAUCAACUGUCUUCUAAACAAGCAUCACCCAUUGCAUUAAACAUUCGGACUGAAUUACCCAGCAGCACUGAAGUAUGUUUGCAGAGUAAGGUUAACUGGUCAUCUGAAAUGACUGAAGUGAAGAUCUUGACUCAAACUAUGAUGCUCUGUCAACCAAAACAACAUGAAUCAGGAGAAAAAAAAGAAAGGAUCCAAUACAGCAGAGAUUUCCUUCUGAAGCUUUCAAAUGUUUCUCUCUCUCAGAAGAAACCAGAGUUUCUUCCUGAUCACCCAAUUGUACUCGAAAAGCCAGUAAGUGUGUUCUUUUGUGGUAAGUGAAGUUUUGAAAUCAUUCAUGGAAGUUUUGAGAAACCAUUU